AUGAUUGCGUUACAACAUCGGCCUAUAUUGCCUCCAGUCAAAGUGGAUAUCUCACUGCUACUCAAGCCUCAAGAUGAAGAAGAAGCCGCCCCGGGCCACAACGCCGGGUACCCUCCCAGAACGACGGGGUCACUGGGAUUGGGACCUAUGAUGACCAUGCCCGGCCCCACGGCCAUGGCCAUGCCACCAAUGGCCAAGACCGGCCCCUCAGGUGCUGCCAAGCGCCUACAACCUUCACACACGGCCGAAUCGCCGGCAAAGAAACAGUCCAAGUGGUCGCCAGAUGAGGACGCCUUGAUCAUCGAGCUACGUGGCAGCGGCAUGAAAUGGGAAGAUAUCAGCAAACGACUCCCCGGCCGCAGUGCCAUCAGUUGCCGUCUUCAUUACCAAAACUACUUGGAACGCCGAAGUGAAUGGGAUGAGGACAAGAAGAACAAACUAGCCCGUUUAUAUGAAAGAUUCAAAGCCGAAAUGUGGUCCAAGGUAGCGGAGGAAAUGGCUAUCCCAUGGCGGGCAGCAGAGGCCAUGCACUGGCAGCUGGGCGAGCAGGAGAUGGCUCGCCGCGCCGGGGUGGUGCCAUUCUCACUCUCCAGUACCGCCAUCGACCCCCCCACCACCAGAACACGCCGUGCCAGCACCUCUUUGUCCCGACCCAGGAAAGGCUCCUCCUCGCGCGCAAUCCCCGGGCAUCUGCCGGGCCUUCCACCCCAACUUCCGUCUCUGGAAGAGCUUACGGCAGGCGUUCCUGCAUAUGCACCCGCACCGCCUCCCCGAGAGAGUUCUAUGGAAUGGGACGACCGGAGAUGGGAGUGCCGCCCAAUCUCAUGGGUCCUCAUCUGGGCAUGCCUCCUCGGACCAUGCCCUAGAAUGGAAUGA